UGAACAGACGCCGUAAAAGUAUAUAAUUAUUACAAACUCAAAAUAUCUACAAUUCAAAAUGCAAACAUCGGGAGUUCCUGCGCGAAAUCCUUACGUGUAUUGUCGAUUUUGUCUCUCCCAGUUGAACCUUCUGACAGUGCUGGAGUCUGAGCAUACCAAUGAUCCUUCCCUCAAACAGAUCCUGCAACAAUUAAAUAGUUUGGCAAAAGUUAAUCUUGCUAGCGAUGAUUUUCCCAGCGCGAUUUGUGGCAUUUGCGUUGCUCAAUUGAAUGAGUUUUACCAAUUUCGGAAAAAUGUGCUACGUAAUCACAAUCUUGUGAGACUGUUCCGUCGCUCAAAUUGUGAUAACUGUGAUAUAAAACCCAACAUAAAAGAAUUAGAUACCGAAACAACAGAGGAAAUUUUAAUAGAUAUAUUGGACUACGACUCACAGAUGGAAGCCAAGGAUGAUAAUGAUGGUUCGGCAAUUAAUAGUCCUAAUCAAGCGGGACCUAUAGUUAAAGACAUUGACCUAUAUCAUAUAGAUGGAGAGCUUAAAACGCUUGUCGUCAAGCAAAAAGGUAGAUCGACGGUGGAUAAAACUACUGGGAAACAUAUGCAGAAUGAAGAUGGCAAAAAUCCAAGUCCAAUUAUAGUUAUACCAUUUAGUGAUGCAUUACUUAAAAAACAACCCUUGCAACAACGGGUAGCAAAACCUCCUGUGGAAAAACAUGCUGGACAAUUACCAACACGCAAUACAUUUUUGGUAGUAACAUGUUCGUCGUGUAACGCGGUUUUCAGGAAUCGUGAAAAUCUAAUUAUUCAUAUGAAAAAUGAUCACCCUGAUAAGGAUCUCGAACAAAAUACGUCUGCCCCUAAGAUAGUCGUAACACCGACAAAACGGUGCCAACAAUCAAACGCGGAUCAAAAUGUUCCGCACAUCACACUGUACAAAUGCACUCAAUGCAAUAGUAGCUUUAUUCAGGAAGCCAAUUUUAAACAGCAUCUAAAAACAUGCAAGUUAACAGCUCUGGCUAAAUUGGACAAGUCACAGAUAACAAUCAAACGUACUAAAAAUGUCGCGCCUAAAAUACAGUUACUUCGUAAUGAUCCUAAAAGCGAUCGACUGCGCUGCAGUCACUGUCCCUCUACAUAUGUAAGCAAAUAUUUUUUGCAGAAACACCUUUUGGAGGUGCACAACAUAUCCAGCAGCGACAAAGUGUACUUUUGCAAAAUCUGUCUAUUAAACUAUUCCUGUGCAGAGGAUCUAAAGCUACACAAUCAGGCACUGCAUCCGUUCCGGUGCAACAAAUGCGGUGAAGAUUAUAGAAAGUGUAUGCACGCACAGCAAAGUACUAAACCGGUGUUUCAUGUAAAUAAAGUGAAAGCAAAUUAG